CGUGAGCUUCAAGUUCAAGAGCUCUGCUAUCAACAAAAAUUGUUUUCGGUGUGACGUAUUUAAGUGUUAAAUUAUUUUCAAAUUUAGUUAUUAUUGCAAAGUCUUCUUUCUGCGAUGUCUUAUGAUAUAGAGCUACUCAAUUCGGGUAUAUAUAGUUAUGAUUACUUUCAACAAGACGACGUGUGUAGACUUUGUUUCAGUCGUAAUGCUUUCACAGAAAUUAUAGAAAUAUCAUCAGAAAAUAACUUCAACACGAUAAAAACAGACUUAGUCGAAAAGAUUUUAGACUGUUUAAACAUAGAUUUAUCUCAUUACAUCCAUCCAAAUAAAGCUUGCGACGAAUGUUGUAAACAAAUAAAUAAAUUUCAUUAUUUCAAAAAGUUCUGUCAGGAAACUGAUAGAAAGUUACGUGAAAUUUUAAACAACAACAAAUCCGAUAUCUGCGAUAUCAAACUUGAAAAGGAGAACGGAGAAGAUGAAAAUACUUCAAUACAAGAUUUAUUUGAUGAUCUUAAUACGGACGAUUGUGAAAUUAAACGUCCGAAAAAAGCUAAAAUUAAAGUGUGGAAAUAUAAACCGAAGCGGACCCCGACAUACUGUAACAUGUGCAUGAUUGACUGUGAAAACGCAGACGAUUUCAAAAGUCAUAAUUUCCAAUACCACGGUAUAGACAUUGAUGGUUCUUACAAAUGUUUCGGUUGCGAAAAGAAAUUCAAAAAUAGAAAGUCGCGAUCGUCUCACGAAAUGCACUUCUGUAAGGGACUUAAGCAUGGCUACAAAUGUAAUGCUUGUGAUAGAUAUUUGCCAAAACGUGGCAUGUUUGAGGCUCAUUUGAGAGACCACAGAGAGAAUGUCCCGAUACAGCUGCCGGAGGAAAUUUUCUACUGUCAAAAAUGCGAUAAAUUAUUCAAGACAAUGGAGAACUUAAAGGGUCACAUUGAACUUGAACAUGAUACAGAUAAAAAAAAGUAUGUCUGUGAAAGCUGUGGGCGUGUUUUCAACAGGAAAGACUAUUUGAACAAGCAUAAACUGACCCACACGGGGGAGAAGCUUCAUGUUUGCCCACACUGUGGGUUCCGCGCUAGGCAGCGGUCUUCUCUUACGGUGCAUAUUCGAAAACACACCGGCGAGCGUCCUUAUAGAUGCAACGUGUGUCCGCAGCGAUGUGUCUCCAGCUCCAACUUGAGAGCCCACCAGAAGAGACAUUUGGGGCUUAAGGUUCACGAGUGUAAUAUUUGCAACAAGAAGUUCGGCUACAAGGUGAGUCUGCACGAGCAUAUGUCGACGCAUGCGCCGGCGCAGACGCACGCGUGCGAGCUGUGCGGCGCCGCGUACUCGCACCCGCGCGGCCUGCGCAGACACGUGCGCGCCAAGCACGACAAGUGCAAGACUGACACGUAGAACACACA